UGGGGAUGAGGCACCACGUGGUUGCAUAAAAAGAACGCUUCGACUCUUUAACUUGCCUCAUUCUUUAUUUUAAUCAAGUGUUAAGACAAUCCAAAGAAGAUUUGAAAAAUGUCAAGUGAAACAGAAACCAAACCCUGCGAACACCCUGACGCAGACUCUCUAGCUUGCGAAAUGAAAAACUUCGAGAUUGAAAAGCGAAAAGGUCGGGGGGCUGUCACUUCCGGUCUGACUCACGAAUGUGGUGUUUUCGGGGCUAUAGGAUGUGGCGAAUGGCCAACCACAUUAGAAAUUUCGCAAAUUAUUUGUUGGGGAUUAGUUGCUCUCCAACACAGAGGCCAAGAAUCAGCGGGAAUCGUCACCAGCGAGGGCAAAUGCUCGAAAUACUUCAACAUUGUCAAAGGCAUGGGUCUUAUCAGUAACAUUUUCAACGACCAAGCGAUCCGGACCCUAAAGGGCAGUAUCGGGAUUGGUCACACACGCUAUUCGACAAGUGCCGCCUCCGAAGAGGUCAACUGUCAACCCUUCGUGGUACACACCCAACAUGGGGCCCUCGCCGUGGCCCAUAAUGGCGAAUUGGUUAAUUGUGACAGUUUGAGGAAAAUGGUCUUGGGUCGAGGAGUAGGUUUAUCGACUCAUUCUGACAGCGAAUUGAUAACACAAGCCUUGUGUUUGAAUCCACCAGAAGGUGAAUCGAAUGGUCCCGAUUGGCCGGCUAGGAUCAAGCAUUUAAUGCAGUUGGCACCCCUGAGUUACUCGCUCGUGAUUAUGCUCAAGAACAAGAUUUACGCCGUGAGGGACCCUUAUGGGAAUAGACCACUGUGUUUGGGGAAGAUUUUACCGCAAAAUGAGCCCCUCGACGGCGAUUGCGACGACAGCCGCGAAGCGGAGGGCUGGGUGGUCUCCUCCGAGUCGUGCGGCUUCCUCUCCAUUGGGGCCCAAUACGUCCGCGAGGUCUUCCCCGGGGAGAUAAUUGAAAUGACCCGUCACGGCAUCCGCACCAUCGACAUUGUCGAACGCCCCGAAGACAAGAUCCAAGCCUUCUGCAUUUUCGAAUACGUGUACUUCGCCCGUUCUGACAGCAUCUUCGAGGGCCAGAUGGUGUACGCCGUGCGGAUGCAAUGCGGCCGCCAAUUGGCCAUCGAACACCCUGUAGAAGCCGACAUCGUGAGCUCCGUCCCCGAAUCGGGCACGGCCGCCGCCCACGGCUUCUCCCGACAAAGCGGAAUCUCCUUCUCCGAGGUCUUGUGCAAGAACAGGUACGUGGGGCGCUCCUUCAUCCAACCCAGCAACCGACUGCGGCAGUUGAGCAUCGCGAAGAAGUUUGGGGCGCUCUCUGGGAGCGUUAAGGGGAAACGAGUGAUUUUAAUCGACGAUUCGAUCGUCAGGGGAAACACAAUCGGGCCCAUUAUUAAACUACUGAGAAACGCGGGGGCCACUGAAGUGCACAUCAGAGUGGCCAGUCCGCCUCUGCUUUACCCAUGCUAUAUGGGCAUUAAUAUACCCACAAGGGAAGAAUUAAUCGCUAAUAAACUCGAUCCGGAUCAGUUAGCCGAGCAAGUCGGUGCCAACAGUUUGAAAUAUUUAAGUGUGGAAGGGUUGGUGAAAGCCGUCCGGUCCGAUAUCAAAACCAAGAAUUCGCACAAAGUCGGUCACUGCACUGCCUGCCUUACCGGCGAGUAUCCGGGCGGGGAACCCCACAAAGACUUGGAUUGGUAAAUCCACACGCAACGGAGUUGGGCGAAAAAAUGACAAGUGCAUUUCUGGGGCACUAGAUUUAUGUACAAGUGAUAAAAUUGUAGUUGGAUUUAAGACUUUUCUCUGUAUUUGAUACUCAAACGAAUUGAAUAAAAUAUUUUUUAUUUUUAAA